AUGUAUGGAGCAACAACAGGUUCUAAGAAAGGAAAAAAUUUAACAUCGUAUGAUUUAAAAAGUUUAGAUCUUCAAACUAAACCAAUUUCAUUACAUAAAUUAGAAAUGAUGACGAAUUUUACACGAAAAGAAUUACAAUUAUUAUAUCAAGGAUUUAAACAUAUUUGUCCUUCAGGUGUUGCCAGUAAAGAAUCUUUCAUAGGAGUAUAUAGAAGAUUUUUUCCUAAUCGUGCAUCUAGUGCUUAUGCUCAAUUAUGCUUUCGAGUUUUUGAUCAAUGUCAAACAGGACAAUUAACAUUUGAGCAAUUUGCCUAUAAAAUUAAAUGGAUAUUUAGUUUAUAUGAUAUUAAUGGAGAUGGUUAUAUAAGUAGAUCAGAAUUGAAAGAAGUUAUACAAGCUAUUUAUGAUUUACUUGGUGAUAAACUACUCACUGGUAACAUUGUACAAGCUAUUGAAGAUAGAGUUAAUACAAUGUUUAAUAAAUAUGAUCUUGAUCAUGAUGGUAAAAUAUCAAAAGAUGAAUUUUUUAGUGUUUCUACACAAGAUCCUGAUUUUAUAGCAAAUUUAAGUUUAUUCGAUACAGUCACUUAA